GUGCCCCGAGCGCGCGUGCGGAAGGCAGAAGGGCAGGAAGUCGAUCUUGUGCAGCGAGGGUGGCGGCACCGCGCAGGGGACCGCCGGAGCCUUCCUUAUUUAUGUGUCUGCCGGCAUUUGCCUUCUUCUCCCAAGACUUCAGGGAGCGUCUCUGAGCUGCGUUCCCCACGCGUGAGGCACGGAAGGGCUGGAUGUCUGAACAACAUGAUUAUCCACUAACCUCCAAACUCUCCUUUUUUUAACCCAAAGAAUAUCGGUGAUUUUUGUCCACUGCUAGCAGAAGAAGAGAGAACCCAAGGCCCUUGAAAUGCAGCAAAAUCCUUAUUUAUAAAACCAGGCCCUAGGUAGUGACAUGCAAACCCCCUCUGCUCAGUGAGUUUUCUAUCCUAUGGAUAUCGGCCUUGAGAUUUGAGAUUGGAGAGCAGUACCGUCUGCACUGGGUCCCGCAGCCUCCGUCCUUUCAAUGCCCAGUUUCCUCUGGGACUGCUGGCCUUCCCUGGGGAUCAGAGCGGUACUGUGUGCCAUGGGCUGUAUUCAGAGCAUCGGGGGCAAAGCCAGAGUCUUCCGGGAAGGCAUUACGGUGAUCGACGUGAAGGCCUCUAUCGACCCCAUCCCCACCAGCAUCGAUGAGUCCUCCAGCGUGGUGCUCCGCUACCGGACACCCCACUUCCGUGCCUCUGCCCAGGUGGUCAUGCCGCCCAUCCCCAAGAAGGAGACCUGGAUAGUUGGCUGGAUUCAGGCGUGCAGCCACAUGGAGUUCUACAACCAGUAUGGGGAGCAGGGCAUGUCCAGCUGGGAGCUCCCGGACCUCCAGGAAGGCAAGAUCGAGGCCAUCAGCGACUCGGACGGGGUGAACUACCCCUGGUACGGCAACACGACGGAGACCUGCACCAUUGUGGGCCCCACCAAGAGAGACUCCAAGUUCAUCAUCAGCAUGAACGACAACUUCUACCCCAGCGUCACGUGGGCCGUGCCCGUCAGCGAGAGCAACGUGGCCAAACUGACCAACAUCUACCGGGACCAGAGCUUCACCACGUGGCUGGUGGCCACCAACACCUCCACCAACGACAUGAUUGUCCUGCAGACGCUGCACUGGCGCAUGCAGCUCAGCAUCGAGGUGAACCCCACCCGGCCCCUGGGCCAGCGCGCCCGGCUGCGGGAGCCCAUCGCCCAGGACCAGCCCAAAAUCCUGAGCAAGAACGAGCCCAUCCCGCCCAGCGCCCUGGUCAAGCCCAACGCCAACGAUGCUCAGGUCCUCAUGUGGCGGCCCAAGUAUGGGCAGCCGCUGGUGGUGAUCCCGCCCAAGCACCGGUAA